AUGAUCUUUUUUUCUGCCAUCAUAUGCCUCUUUCUAGUCGUUCACCGAGUUCGACGAAAAAGUUCAUCCAAUAUCUCCUUUCCCCCUGGCCCCAAGGGCUUGCCGAUGCUAGGUAACCUGCUCGACCUCAACGACAGUCAGCUAUGGGUUAGCUUCAGUCAGUGGGCAUCGACACACGGGAAUGUCAUGUACUGUAAGCUGUUCGGACAGCAAAUUGUUGUUCUACAAUCGCAUGAAGUUGCCAAAGCACUGUUGGAGCGUCGCUCUAGUAUUUAUUCUGACAGGCCACCAAUCUCUACCACAGAGGCAAUCGGAUCUGGGUUUAACAGUGCCCAGCUAAGGUAUUCUGAUGAAUGGAGAAUGCAUCGGCGAAUUUUCCAUCAAUCAUUCCGACCUGAGGCGGUAAAAGAUUACUUACCUAUCCAACUUCGCAAAGCUCGUCAGCUGUUGCAGGGCAUCAUAGAAGCUCCCGAGCGCUACCAGGACCACAUCGAUCUCUUCGCCUCUUCCGUCAUCAUGUCUGCUGUAUACGAUUACGAGGCCAAGCCUCAUAAUGACCCGCUUUUACUUGCCGCUGAAAAGGCGAUCAAGGUCUUUUUGGAGGUGGCAAACCCCCAGACUGCAGUCAUCCUGGAGGCAUUUCCGUUUCUGCUGAAACUGCCUUCUUGGUUUCCUGGAGCGAAGUUUAAAAGACUCGCUAUCCAAUCACAAAAGAAUGCUAUCGCCAUGGUCAACAUCCCGUUCAACUAUGCACGAGAACGCGCAAUGACUGCAACUUCGAAUCAGUGUAUGGUCUCGGAGUCUUUUAAGCGGUUGGACGCAUUCGGCAAUGCGGGCGAAUUCGAGCUUGCGUUGAAGUCGACUUCUGCUACAGCAUUCAUUGGUAUGACCCGGUUUACUGCGUCGACGUUGGCUGUCUUUAUUCUUGCAAUGAUGCUCUAUCCAGAUGUACAGAAACGUGCACAAGAGGAGAUUGAGGCAGUUAUAGGCACUGACCAACUUCCUACCUUUGAAGACCGGCCUUCGUUGCCAUACGUGGAUGCAAUCUUGCGCGAGACGCUUAGAUGGCAUCCAGUGUUCCCUCUUGGUUUGCCGCAUUACACUUCGGACAGCGACGUGUACAAUGGUCAUUACAUCCCCAAAGGCGCGCUUGUUAUGGCAAAUAUCGGAGCCAUGUCACAAGACGAAGUGAAAUACCCGAACCCUGAUGAGUUCAAACCAGAGAGGUUUUUUCAAGCCGAUGGACAAUUGAACGAUGACACUGUAGACUUUAUUUUCGGCUUCGGGCGCCGAGUAUGUGUUGGAAGGUACUUCGCUACUGCUUCGCUGUGGAUUUCUAUGGUGUCUCUGCUAGCAACUUUCCAUUUUAUGAGACCAUUGGACAACGAAGGCAAAGAAGUAGACCCUGUCUUCCAAUGGUCCACUGGACUAAGUUCACACCCUGUGUCUCUUCCCUGUCGUGUCAUUCCCCGACACCCGGAAAUGACUGCACACAUGCUUGCAGACGUAAUCGGCCUCAGCGCAUGA